AGAAGCCCUAAACCCUAGCUAGGGAUUAUGGCUGCCAGGAGCGCGGGGCGCUUUGCGCGCAGGGCAUUCUUCAAUGCCGCUGCGCCGCGGCCGGCGGCCAGGCCCGCGCAGCCGCAGCCGGGGUUUGGAUUCGCUAGUUCCAGGAGCGGCGCGCGCAUUGCUCGCUUGCAAUCGUCCGGGUUGCGCCGCGAGGUGCUGACAAUGCAGCCGAUGCACUCGGUGACGGCAAACGCGUGGCUUGUUUCGAGGAUUUCGGAGAUACUUGUCGACGCAGUUUUGCAGCAGAGUUCCUCCAAAGCAGACAGAGUGCUGCAGCGUGUCCAAAUUCCACGUCCCAUCACUACGGGAGCAAGAACGAACUCGACACAAGAAAGAAGAAAUCGCUGAGAAACGAGUGAAGAAAAAAUCGCCGCCAUGAAAUCUUUCUGCAAAGUUAUUGUUCUUGAACCAAAGAAACAAAGACGCAAAGAAUUUGCGCUAUCGAAUAUUCUUUUCC